GCAACAGCAACACCUAUUGAUUCUUCCAGUCGACGGCUGGGAAGACGUCUACAAUGUCGGAGAGCAAGGGACUAUCUCUCCGGCGUAAGAAGACGACAGCGGCGCGACCAACAAUCUCCGCGCCAAAGCAGAUCCCUACUGCCCAAAGCGAGACCUCCUCCCUCCGACCGGACGCGAUUCGAUCGAACUCGACAUGGACAGCUGCUAGCGGUGAAUCUGAUGCGACAUCACGUUCGCGAGAAAGACCGAAGCUCGGCGGUGACAACACCAGCGACCUCGUGAAGAGGAGAUACUCCACGCGAUUCACCGGCGGACUACCACAAGAUGGCGUGCCUCCGCCCAUUCCUGCGAUGCCAUCGCUGCCAGCGCAGUACGUUGGACGACCAGGCACCUCUUCCGCUCCACGUCCGCCGCCGUCUCGUGACGGAGGACGGAGUCCGGAACGAAGAGGGAAGCUAAAGGUGGACUUGCGUGCGUUGAAGGAUCCCAAUCUCCAGGCCGAGAAGUACGUUCAGAGCAUACUUGCAGACGCCUCAGAGGCCGAUAUCAUCGCGUACCAGAGAGACCUGCAAAGCUUGAAAGCGCAUACAGAUGCCGACCUGCAGCACAAUGUCUACCAAAACCGCACACAAUUCAUCAAGAUCUCAAAAGAGGCGGACAAGCUGAAGUCGGAGAUGCGAACACUUCGUACGAUGAUGGGCGAGCUGACCAGCGCGCUGGGUCAUGCUACGAGCGCUGGAGGUGCCGAUCUCAGCUCUGCCAGUUCUUUGAGCCUUGCCGACAGGAAGCGCGCGAAUAGGAGCAGCGUUGCCAACCUGGAGGCGAUGUGGACUACACACUUGCAAACACUGUGGAAGAGGGUGGAGGGCUCGCAGAAGUACCUUCCUGCCCUUCCUGGACGACACAUUCUUAUGGAAAGUCAACGAUGGGUGGAGCUCAAUGCUGCGACGUGGAAGCCUCGGCGUCGAGUUGCCUUGGUCCUGUUGAACGAUCAUCUGCUGGUUGCCUCAGAGAAGAAGCGUGCUACCGACGCAGUACCUUCUGGAAAGGGCAAUCGGCAAAGUAUGCAUCCAUCACAACAAUCGCAAUCGACGACAAUGCUUAUAGCAGAUCGUUGUUGGCCAUUACAUGAAGUGUCUCUCGCAGACAUCAGCACGCGGGCCUCGACUACCAUCGGACACAACAACACGAAGGAGAACAAAGCUAUCGCAAAUGCCAUCAAUGUCCGAGCAGGCAACGAGAGCUUCACAUACGCUAUAGCCGACGCUGCAGAGAAAGCCGGCUUGAUCGUCGCAUUCCGCAAAGCACAAGAAGAUCAACGCAAGCUGUUGGCAGCCGAGCACGCCCGACGGGAGAAGAAUCUCGAAGACUUCGCCAUCUUGUCUGGCCGCGAUCCGCGCCUGCUCAAACGUGCCGCGGCAGCUGUGGAAGACGCGGCCAACGAAGCUCCCAACUCGGAGAGAUUAUCUGGCCUCAGUCGCAGCACCUCUGUGCUCGUCGAUGCAGACGGUCGACCUCAAAGCAUCCGCUGGGUUGAGUCACAAAUCGACGGUCUCGACAUUGACAUUGCUUUGCAACACUUCGACGACGCUGUUGACCGUACCGAAAAGCUUCGCCGCAUGGCCCGUAGUAUCAAGGGCAACGCCACGGCGCAGGAGAUCAUUCAGACUAAGAUCAACGAGCGGGCUGGUCGCCUCGCCCAUUCGAUCGCCCGACAGAUGGCACAAACCUCCGGCGCCGCCAACAUGACCAAAGAGAAAGUCGCAUGGCUGCUUCGUCUUGGCUUUGAGGAUCUCGCUAGAACGACAUACCUGAAUGCUCGCACUGAGACAAUUCGUUUACGAACUCGAGAACUGCCGUUCGUCGGCGCUCUCCCACCUCACAUCCAUGCAUUGGCGUACACGACCUUCACGCUGCUACUGCAUACCUUCAGAACGUUCAGCUCGUCAUUCCCAGCUGCGAGUGGCAGUGCGGUAGUCAGAUGGGCGAAGGGUCGGGUUGAUGAGUUCUGCGAGAGGGUGAGGAGGCAGCUGAGUAGUGUGGAGAAAGGAGGAGAGGUAUGGGAGGAAUGUGCGAAGAUUGUGAUCGAGGAGGCGGACGUACUAGUCGAUGUUGGUGUUGACUUUGGUGGCAUGGUUGUGAGAGGACUGCAGCAGGAGGGCGGCGAAGCUGGGACGACAGCCACGAGGACUGAUGCACCUGUGCCUGGGUUGGGCAUUUGA